CCUUGUUGAAUCAAUAAUAACUUAGAAGGUGCUUCCCUGACCCAAAUUUCAAUGUGAAAGUGACCCUUAUUGAAGCUUUACCCAGUCUGAAAGAGACCCCGAAUCUCGAUAUUUUAUGGCAAUACCCUAUAUACAGGGUGGCUAAUUUCAAAAGAACCAGUCAAAGCCGUCGCAGAAUAUAGCAAGUAUGAGAAAAUACAUAUUUCAUGUCACGAACAGAGGUUUUUUAAAGUAUUUGCCUAGCUUGCUCAGUGAAUAAAUCUGAUAUUACAACAUAUUUCGAAUUCUUGUUUCGUCCGAUUGAACCAUAGUUCCAACAUGUUUUGUAGUUGGGAACAGCGAGUCUUAAUUAUAUACGGUAGAGUGUACGGCUUAAGAAUAAAAAUUAGCCAACCAUGUCACAUGUCACGCUCUUGGUCGUAUACAGAAUCAGCCAUUGUGUCUUUUAGUUUGUUCAAAAUACCCUAAACGGGUUGAUGUACUUGUACGACAGUUCGAACGGGCCUUAAACGUUCAAGUUGACCUUAUGUGUUACUUUUACUUGCUGUAAAAGCGCGGUGGUGCUACAAACGCUUGGAAGUUGGGAAAACGUAGUCAAACAGUAACCGAUUUGUUAAGUUUGACAAAAAAACGUUAGGAGCCAUCAGCAUUUUCCUGCGGAGAUUUUUAUCGACAAAGUUCUCAAGUUGUUCAGAAUCCAACACAAAUACUGGAAAAUAUCAUCUGAUAUCUUUGCUAAUGCAGGGGUUCUCUUUAAUUCAUUAACGAUUUCAUCACAAGUUUUGAUGGACUGUAUUAGAAUGGAAAGACGAAUUCUAAGAUCUAGGAAGGAAACACCCGAUCAAUUAACCAUAAGUGAUAACUGAUCAUUCAUAAUGUUAGCCACGUGUAAUCCGCCCAAAAAACCGCUUAGACUGUACGAAACGAAAGCUCUCAACAUUCGGGAGUGUGAUAGUAUUGAGUUGGAUUCGUUGGAUGGAGACACUGAAACUACUUCACCUAGAAAUCUUAAGAAUUUCGACGCUCGAGGCCAUAACGUUCCACUGACCAACCACAAUGGGGGAAACGCAUCUUCAUUGAAACAUCUAAACUUGAACAGUUUAUGUAAGAAUCAAGACUGGAAGCAAAGCGAGUGUUACGUAGACGAAAUUGUUUUUCCAAAUGAGUCUUUACAGUCGUUGUCCGAUUUGAAAGCUUUGAGCUUGAAGAAUAACGACAUACAGAAUUUUCCGAAUAGUGUUUUGCAACUUACAACGUUAGUGACUUUGGAUUUGUCGUGCAAUUACCUGUUGACUCUGCCGCCUGAAAUUAACCAGCUAAUCAAUUUGCAAGAACUCAUCCUAGACCAGAACCUGCUGAGCAUUUUGCCGGAAACCUUAUGGGACCUAAAUUUUUUGAAAGUUUUAAAAGUGGCUGCGAAUCGCUUAGCUUUUCCCCUGGACAAGCCAGGCGAACCCCCCGAAAUGAGAGCACUGAUUUUAGCCGAAUCAGAACUGAAUCCGGCGAAUCGUCGUUCUUCCACUACUAAAAGUUCAAAUGGUCUUACAACUUUGAACUUAAGAGCGAACAGAUUGAAGGGGCACAUUAUUUUAGGAAAUUAUACUAGUCUAACUCAUUUAGACGUGAGUGAGAACAGCAUAGAAAUAUUAGAUUUGGGUGCAGUGGAGCAGUUGAAAGUACUCCAGUGCUCCAGGAAUUCUUUGGCACAAUUGACGCUUUUUGGAAAAAAUCUAGUGUCUGUGAUUGCUGGAAAUAAUAGAUUGAAAACGUUUUCUACUACACAUCCUCCAAUCCGACUAUCUCACUUGGACGUUUCAUACAAUGACCUACAGACACUGCCUGAUUGGUUGUCUGGAUGUAACGAACUGCGAUCUCUUUUUGCCAGCAAUAACUCCAUUACUGCACUUCCAAAUCAUAUCUUCUGCAACGAAAUGCCAUGUCUGCAAACUGUUCAGCUGGCCUAUAAUCAGCUCCACUGUUUGCCGAUGAUCCAGCGCAGACUGCCAAUUCAAGAAUUGUUCCUACAGAACAACAGUCUUUCCAACCUGCCAGAUAAUUUUUUCCAAUUCGUUCGAACUAUCAAAGUUUUGAAUGUAUCGAAUAAUAGAUUAGUCGAUAUUCCCAAGCCGGACGAAAUGCUAAUGUUGGAAAAGCUUUUCUUGACUGCCAAUUGCUUGAUCGAUAAAAGUUUGGAGAAGCUUGCGCCAUAUUUAAGAAAUAUAAAAACUUUGCACAUAGCUUAUAACAAUGUAACAUCACUUCCCCACAACUGCGCCCGUUACUGGUCAGAACUGGAAGAACUGGUUCUUUCAGGCAAUAAAAUAUUACGCCUCCCAGAGGACGUCGAUCAGUURAAACACUUAUCAGUUUUAAGAGUACACUCCAAUCUCCUCCAAACCAUUCCCAAGUUAUCAAAUUUAAUAAAAUUAAGAGUGUUGGAUUUGGCCCAYAAUCAACUAGACCGUGUUGAUUUGACUUCGCUGAUUCCCCCCAAUUUAAAGUUUUUGGACCUGAGCUGCAAUACAAAACUGCACGUGGAUUGCCAGCAGUUCAACACUUAUAGAACGCAAAGGCCAAUGUCCCUGGUGGACGUAAGCGGAAAGAAUCGCACCAGUUUACCUCUAUCACCAGCCCCGUUUUGUGAGUCGGAUCUGACUGAUUAUAGUUGGUCAGUGGGGUUUUCCGAAACGUCGGGAUCGAAAUCCAAGCUUCAUAUCACGCAAAUUCGAUUACCGGCCUUCUGCAACACUGAAGCAUUGUUUGGAAUAUUUGAUGGAGAAAAUAACAGCAAUAAUCUUGGUGGAGUGGACAAAGUAUUGCCCAGAAUACUACUGGAAGAAAGAACCGUCAAAGAAACGGCUCAUGACUACAUGAAGUACACCAUACUCUCCACAUAUAGAUAUCUAAAAGCUAAAGGGCUUAAAAAUG